CAAUGCUCUCGCGCGUCGCUUGUUUAUGGUGACGUCAGGGCGCAGUCUCUUCAGUCUCUGGGUGGCGGCAGACAGUCUGUCUGCGCGUACAACACGACUUCGAAUAAAACAGUAAAAACGCGGAAUAUUAACACAAACAUGAGUCUGCACUGCAGCUAAAGGAUCCAAUGGGAAGACGGGAUACUGAACGGCAGUGCUGAGAGUUGUACAAUGCAGUGAACCAAAUGGGGCAUUGCAGUACCCGAAUCAUCGUCCUGUUCCUGCUUCAGUUCUUACAGACAUCAGCUAAAGAUGUCUCCAUUGGCUGCAUGUGUGUGGGCAGUGACUGUAAUGAGCAGCAGUGCACCGGAGACCAGUGUUACACCUCCGUUAUCAUCACAAACGAUGUGACAACGUUCAAACGCGGCUGCCUGGUUGGGCUGGAGAGCAAGCGCAUGACCUGCUCCGCGACACACACAGCUAGUCGUGUCGUAGAAUGCUGCUCACAACACAUGUGCAACGCCAACGUCUCCAAAGAGACCCUGCUUCGACUACUGCUGACCAGUCCAGAAACUGAAAAGCCUGUGCAUUACCGUGUGGAGAUGCUGGUUCUCUUUGUGUUGGGGCCGUUUGUGGUUCUGGGUUUUCUGUCUGUGCUGGCUCUGCUGGUGUGCCGUCGACUCCAUCAUGGGCGUCUGGAAAGACUGCACGAGUUCGACACUGAGCAGGGGGCCAUCGACGGGCUCAUCGCGUCUAAUGUCGGAGACAGCACACUUGCGGACCUGAUGGAUCAUUCUUGCACAUCAGGCAGUGGAUCAGGACUGCCAUUCCUGGUGCAGAGGACGGUUGCGCGGCAGAUCAGUCUGGUAGAGUGUGUUGGUAAGGGACGGUAUGGUGAAGUGUGGAGAGGUCAGUGGCAAGGAGAGAACGUAGCUGUGAAGAUCUUCUCCUCCAGAGAUGAGAAGUCAUGGUUUAGAGAGACAGAAAUAUACAACACUGUUCUACUACGACAUGAAAAUAUAUUAGGAUUCAUGGCUUCUGACAUGACCUCCCGAAACUCCAGCACUCAGCUGUGGCUCAUCACACACUAUCACGAGAACGGCUCUCUCUAUGACUACCUGCAGCGUGUUGCCGUGGAGAUGGCAGAUGGGCUGCACAUGGCGGCGUCGGUAGCCAGCGGGCUGGUGCACCUGCACACAGAGAUUUUUGGCACUGAAGGCAAACCGGCCAUCGCUCACAGAGACCUGAAGAGCAAGAACAUCCUGGUGAAGAAAGACCUGCAGUGCUGCAUCGCUGACCUGGGUCUGGCAGUAACACACACGCAGUCUGAUAAUCAGCUGGACGUGGGAAACAAUCCUAAAGUGGGAACCAAGCGCUACAUGGCACCAGAGGUUCUAGAUGAGACCAUCCAGACAGACUGUUUCGAUGCCUAUAAACGGGUGGACAUCUGGGCCUUUGGUCUGGUGCUGUGGGAGAUCGCUCGCAGAACCAUCAGUAAUGGAAUCGUCGAGGAAUACAAGCCACCUUUCUACGACCUGGUGCCUAACGACCCUAGCUUUGAUGACAUGAGGAAAGUAGUUUGUGUGGAGCAGCAACGGCCGUUCAUUCCCAACCGCUGGUUUUCAGAUCCUACCCUCUCCGCUCUGGUGAAGCUCAUGAAAGAGUGCUGGUACCAGAACCCGUCGGCUCGACUCACUGCCCUGCGUAUCAAAAAGACUCUGGAUAAAAUCCACAGCUCGCUGGAGAAGGGCAAAACCGACUGCUGAGGAGAGAGAGCCUGCGUGUAUCCAGACCAUUGGAUUCGAGCGCUGGCGUCUGUCCCAACCCUAACAUGCUGUUCAUUCGCUUUGUUCUUCCUGUCCAUUGGCCUAAAAACUUUUUAUAGAGAAUUCUGCUCUUUUAUGGAUGGUUUUUCCCACUGAACCCAGUGGGAUUCCCAUUUCCCCUCCACAAAAGGAGAGAAAUACGGACACAGUCUGACAGGCCUUGAAUUGAACCCUCAAUUAUGGAUUUUUUUUACGCCAUCACAUUGUCUAUUUAACCAUUGGCAAACUUUUAAGAUUUGUACUUUUCGGGAAAAACGAAGAGGACACGCUGAAAUGCAAUCUCUACCCGUAGUGUGUGUGUGUGUGUGUGUGUGCGCAUGAUUCUUAUUACAACCAGAAGAACUUUAUAGCUGUAAUGUCACUUGCUUUUAGAAAUAUGAUGGUUUUUGAGCUUUUCAAAGGUCCCAAUAAUUCUUGUAGAUAAUUUAGGCAAAAGUCAGUCACAGUUUUUGAAUUAGCUACAGUGAACUUGUGUUAUAAAGCUCUUUGGUUACAAAAUGCCGCUAUGUAUAGUAGAGAACUACAGACUCUCUUAAAUUAGGCUUGUUUAGUGAUUCUGAAGCAGUGGUUAAAGGGAUAAUUCACCUAAAAAUGAAAAAUCUGUCAUUCAUAUAAUUUUAACUAGGGAUGCACCGAUAUGAAAAUUUUAGCCGAUACCGAUAAUUCUUCAUGUUUGAAAUCUAAUAACUGAUAUAUUGGCCCAUUAAUCUAAAUCAAAAUUUUUAUAUAAUUUGAGAGCCUGAUUACAAAAACAAAAGUCUCAAAUUUUGGCCGAUACUGAUAACCGAUAAUUCUUUAUAUUUGAAAGCCGAUAACCGAUAUAUUGCCCGAUAAAAAAUUAUAUAAAAAUUUUGAAUUUAGAUUUGAGAGCCUGAUUACAAAAACAAAAGUCUCAAAUUUUGUCCGAUACCGACAACCGAUAAUACUUUAUAUUUGAAAUCUAAUAACUGAUAUAUUGGCCCAUUAAUCUAAAUCAAAAUUUUUAUAUAAUUUGAGAGCUGAUUACAAAAACAAAAGUCUCAAAUUUUGGCCGAUACCGACAACCGAUAAUUCUUUAUAUUUGAAAUCUAAUAACUGAUAUAUUGGCCCAUUAAUCUAAAUCAAAAUUUAUAUAAUUUGAGAGCUGAUUACAAAAACAAAAGUCUCAAAUUUUGGCCGAUACCGAUAAUCUUUAUAUUUGAAAGCCGAUAACUGAUAUAUUGGCCAAUAAAUCUAAAUCAAAAUUUUUAUAUAAUUUUUGAGAACCUGGUGGACAGUGCGCAUCUGUCUCAGCUGAAGGAAAUAAUCCAUUAUUUAUCGGCUUUAAUAUAUCGGCCAAAUUUUCUUAUCAGGCCGAUAACAAUAACAUUAAAAAUGAACAUUUAUCGGCCGAUACCGAUAUGGUGGCUGAUAAAUAUUGUGCAUCCCUAAUAUUAACCCCAAAUUACUUUGUGACCAGGGACUGUCAACAUCCCUGAAAGUGACAGAAAAAGUUCUAUAGGUUUGGAAUUACAUUAGUAAAUGAUGUAAAUGAUGAUAGAAUUCAUCUCAUGAGGGCUUCCUUUGACACAAGGCCUUUCUGACCUGUUGCCUCUAUGCCUGCCUGACAAAAAGCCAUUGUAGCACAUCAUAGUGCUUUUUUUUGUAGCCGUUUGUCUUUCUCUUUGCCCUCACCGGCAUGCGUACUUGAUGUUUCUUCACUGACAAUCAGCCGCUGUCCAGUAGGCCUGAAUUAUUUGCUAAUGUUGUGUACAAAACCCUAAUUACGCAUUUAAGCUGACAUGUCAACACACUAACAAAGCUAGCCGAAGUCAUAAACAGACUCUGGUUUUGUGAAUUUGCAUAUUUGUUUAUCCUCACGCUUUUUGACACUUUUGUAUCACGGUUUUCAACAUGCGCCAUAAACCGAGAGUAUGCGAAUGAUUUUUACAUUUUAAACGUUUUUUGACUAUUUAAAAGUGCGGCGUCACUCUAAUAUAGGAUUUAUGAGGUUUACAAAGGAAAACACUACAGUUGCAUCCCAAGUCGAGAUGGUUUGUGUACGUUGCUUUUGGAUUGGAUUGAGUUGAGUGUGAUGUUUUGUCGACGCUGUCAUGACACACUACAUGUACCGCUCAACACUGGUCACUUUUGCUCUCCCACAAACGACUGAACGUUUACAUAUGUGUUCUACUGGGGAAUGAUCUUAGGAAUUAGACUACAGGAAUUGUUGCAUUAUGAACUGUGAAUAUGUUAUAAUGAAGAACCCAUAUCUGUAUGAUGUUACUGGAAUAUAAAAUGCAAGACACGGUUAUGAAUUUAAAAAAACUGCUCUCUUUGUUGGUUACAACAGUAGAUUGGUUUCCUUGUCAUGUCUUUGUGCUUAACAAAAGGUUGUCCAUGCUGUGAUAAUGCUUUCUUUAACCAUAAAUUUCAAGAAUCGUGUUGCACAUUAUCAUGCAUUUGUCUUGUCAUGCAUUUAGCUAAAUUAAGUCUUGGUAAAGGUUCCCCAUUGUCUGACUCUGCUGGGAAAUGACCUGCUAAUCUGUGGUGAUGUUUACAGGAGGUCUGGAGCUGCUCUUUGAUAACCAGUGCUUCAGAAGACCGGCUGAAGCUAAUGAGAGCGUACAUGCCGACUCUGCCACAGACGCAAGAUCAGUUGUAGACCACUUUAGUAGCAGUAAAAAAAAUGGCUCUGAAAGAAGCUUCCAGAUAGACAGCUUUCCUGUUGAACCGUUUGUUUUCUGUUUAGCACAAUGGAUGGAUCCUUUAUGAAUUUAUUUGUAUGUGAUGGGGGAAAAAUGCCAGUAAAAAGGCAUAAGCCAUUGUUAACCAAAAUAUUAUUUUGUUUAAAUGCAUUUAACAACUUUUUUGUUGGUGAGGAACACGAGACAAAAUCUGGUGUAUUUACAUGAUUGAUUUAAAAUAAAAUCUCAUGCUGGGCGUUUAUUUGAAGAA